CACAAGACACAAACGUUAUUCGUUUAUAAUGUAAAAUGUCGUUUCGCGUUCGCGUCGUAAGUAACAAUUAUCAAUUGUAAACAGUUUUUUCUGUAGUGUUUUGUUUUUAUUAAAUGUCAAGUCGAUUCGUUUAAUUAUAAUUAAAGUCUAGUGUUUUUUUUUUCUUCAUAGCAAGUAUAUUUAAAUAACGUUCAGGAUGAGUAACAAGAGUUGCAUUCAAGAUGACGAUCUCGACGAGACGGUCAUAUUUUGUGGAGCAGUAACGGAUAUAGAGAAAACAUUUCAAAAACGUAUGCCGAGACAUACCAUACUGCCGGCAGAUGUAAAAUUAAGCCAAUCAUAUUUUCAAGAAGAUUGCUCCGAUGAAGACAAAGAAAAUGUCAAAGAAAGAACAAUUUCAGAACAAACUAUCAUAAGUAACGAAUCACAGAGAUCAAUUAACUUGGGUGAUCAGUCAAUGGCCAAUAUUAAAGACGAGACUAUACAAAUAUCAGAAGACAGCAAGACUUUUAUUUCUGAAUUUUCAUCACCGAGUACCGUAGGCGAUAUUCCAUUUUCGCAAGAAGUCCUGGAUACUGGAGUUUUAGCUAAAUACCUUCUCAAAGAAUUUACUUCUUUAGAUGAGUCAUUGGCUAUGGAGCAAGAUUAUAGCAAAUCAUGUAGUAAAGAUCAAACAACCUUUGAUGAAACCAAAUUUGUGCAAGACAAUAGUGAUGUUUCUAUAUUUAGCUUUUGCGAAGGAAAAGUACCUGACCAAACAAGUGUUGAAGAUACAUCGACUAAAUAUGAAGGAUCGUGUUCUGCUAUGUUGAGCUUCUGCGAAGGAAAAUUAACUGACCAAACUAGUAUUGAAGAUACGUCAGCUAAUUAUGAAGGAUCGUGUUCUGGCGAUGAAAGCAUUUCCUAUGCACGGUCAUCUGUAUCGAGUGUUGUGGAACGUAGUGUAAAAAUGGACGAUGUGACAGGAACCAACAUUUGUAAGUUUGUAAAUAUUAGCGAGCCCGACUGCAACGACUCGAUUAUCUCAAGUGCAGAUGAAGGAAAUAUUGAUAGCGAUGAUUCUUUGGCCUGCAGUAUUAUACCGGAUGAAUAUAGUAUUACUCCGGGAAAACAACGGCUUUUUGAUUUGCGCCUCGCUAAGCCGUCGCUACGUGCCAAAAUAUUUGUACCGUUAGGACCGUAUAUGGAUAGAAUCGAAGAAACUACUACGCCCAAAGAUGUUAAAACUAAUGUACCCACAAUUUUAAUUGACAAUAUCAGUUACAUGGCGUCAGAAAAGGAUUUAAAUAUCUCUGACAUAGCAGAUGUAAGUGACAUUUCCAUGCUUUCGGAUGAAAUGGACAUGAAAAGAGAACACAGUAAACUCAUGGAAUGUUCCAACAUCGAGGAUUUCAAAAUUGAAAGUCCCGAGCAAACUUCAAACGAAAGUGCUAUAACAAGCCAAACUAUCAACGAAGAAAGUUUCAACGAAUCCAGUUGGACUAAAACUAGUCGUUUGUUAAACAGUAGCAACGUUAUGGAAGUAUCAUUAAAUGAAGAUGAUCCUUCCGUGGGUAACAUGAGUAGUCUGAUGGGACAUUUUAUAGCAUCAAAUUUAUCUGUAUCUGCAAUCGAUGAAAAUGAAGCUAUAAGGAUAUCACCUGAACUAAUCAAUUACAGUAUGAAGAUUGGGGCGGUCACUGAAGCAAAUAUGUCUUGUUUGGGAAUUGAGCCGAUCACUUUAGAAGACAUGUCCUACACUGAAGAAACGCUCGAUUAUACUAUUUCUAAUGAUAAAGCUAAAUAUUGUAAUGUGACUUUGGACAAAUCGUACCACGUAAUGCAGCAUAAUUUAGACUUUGAAAAGUCAGUACGAGUAGUGUCCAACUUAAACGCGACAUCUGUUAAUAAUGAAGGUACAGUGAGUGAAAUGAACGAGUCCAAUUUGAAGCCGCAUAACUUGGAAGAAAGUCAUUCUUAUUUGGAGCAAAAGAACUGUGACCAAAGUCACAACUCCGACUGUCCGGCAGAGCGUAGUGUUGAAUUGAAAAAUUUGGUUACUAAUAUAACUCUUGUUGGCGAUAUUUCAGAAAUUUCUAAAAAUGCCAGUUUAGUUGUACCAGUUGUAACGGUAACUGAAAUUCAAGAAGACAGUAUAGUGACCGAGAAAGUGUCAACCGCUGAAGUAAUUGAAGAAACCGAACAGCAAACAAGCAUUUCAGAUUUAGUCAAGGAAAUAUUAGAAAGUACUUCGGCUCAAAAUUCAUCUUUGACAAACAAUAUUUCGAGUUCCGAAUUAUCGGUAAUAAUGGAAAAUCGUACUUUGGAAGACACUUGGAAUGUAUCAAACCAGAAUGUGAGUAUUGAAAACCCCAAUUUAGAAACUACCGAUAUGAUGGCGUCUUCGAGUUCAGAUUUAUUAAAUCUGUCGAAGGAUGGAAAUGUAAUUAUUAACUCUAAAAUUGUUGAUGAAUCCCACUCCGAAGUAAACGAGGAAAAUACAAUCGACAAGAGCGUACACCGCGAAAUCACAAAAAUAAAUGAGCAAACUUUGAUCAACAACGAACAAUUAGAAAUGAUCAUCGUUGAAAGCGAAACAGUUCCUGAUAAUUCAGUUUUGAUUGUUGCAGAUAAUAUUCGUUUAAAUGAAUCUGACAAACUUUAUGAACUAACUAAAGUUGUUGAAGAUUCUUCAAUACUAGAAGAAAAAUCUAUUUCUCAUUCGGUUGGUAAAUCUGUGCUCAAUGAAAGCAAUCCAAACUCAAUAACUGAAGUCCAGGAAAAGUCGGUAGUACAAGUUGACAACAAAGUAGAUGAGACAAUGGAGUGUCAAUCUGUGCUCGAUAAAAGCAAUCCAAACCCAAUAACUGAAGUCCAGGAAAAGUCGGUAGUACAAGUUGACAACAAAGUAGAUGAGACAAUGGAGUGUCAAUCUGUGCUCGAUGAAAGCAAUCCAAACCCAAUUGCUGAAGUCCAAGAAAAGUCGGAAAUACAAGUUGACAAAGAAGUAGUUGAAAUAAUUGAGUCUGUGGAUUGUAAAAAACACAAUCUCGAGAUAGAAACAAACUCUUCCUACGGCCCAGAGAAUGUAACCAACGAUUUUAAAAUUGUUAUGUUAGAAGAAGUAAGUUACCCUAGUGUACAAACAAAUUUAAUUUCCAAUGAUAAUAUACAACCAUUAGAGGCAAUGUCUGAAAGCUUCUCAAAUUGUGUUGAACAAACUAGUAAUUUACCUGUAAACAAAGUAGACGACAUAAUGGAGUCUGUGGAUUGUUGUGAACAUGAUCUUAAGAAAGAUACGAAUAAUUCCUAUGACCGAGAUAGUGUAACCAAUGAUUGUAAAAUUGUUAUGUUGGAAGAAGUGAGUUUUCCCAAUGAACAAACAAAUUUAAUAUCCAAUGGUGGUAUUCAACUAUUAGAGGCAACGUCUGAAAGCAACUCAAAUUGCGUUGAAAUUAUGGACCAAACACAAGAUAUUAGAAAUGGCAGCCCUAAAAAUCAGAAACUUUUGGACUUUACCAUUUUGAAACAACAGACUCCGAUGACUGCAAGUCAAAUAAACAAACAAAAGUUAUUUGAUUUUAGCAUUGUAGAUCAAACGCCUACAACUAAAAAAUGCCAAACGACUUUUAUUGCUGAAAACUUUAUUAAAAAAGAUGCUUUAAUCGACUUCAGCGUAGCCGAUUGCAGCAGUAAACAUUUGUGGAAUUUGGAGAAUGUCACUUUAAAUAAUACCACAGACUUGGAAGAUAUUUCAAUAGCCUUGAAUUCAACAAGUAGUACUAACAAUUCCGAUGUUUCUAAUUUGAAUUUGUUUAAUGAGUCUAUCAAAAUUAGUUCAUCGGCAAUGCAUGUUAGCCAAGUUUCUACUGUUGUAUGUAAUGAAGCAGAUGAAUUGUCAGUGGAAAAAAAAUGUGAAACUAACAAGUUAGACGAGUCUUCGAGUAUAUUGGACGAAACCAUAGAACAAAUUGAGAAUUUAGAACUUUCUCCCUUGGCCGAAAGCGAAGAAAUGAAAUCGUUUACAAGCUCAAUGAUUGAACAGAGUGUUGAAUUUGGUGAAAACGAGGUUGUAAAAGAAUCUAUUGAUUUUAAACAGCCCAAAUGCAUAAAUCUAACCUUUCCAGAUUUCCAACUAAGCGAAUCGCAACAAGUUUCAAAGCCAGCUAUUGUCGAUUUCAGCAUAAUCGAGCAACAUUCACAAUUGAUGGAACCUUUGUCAAACGACGGAAAUGUACCUGUGUCCGACCUCAUUCAAAUGUCUGUAGUGUCUGUUAACCACGAGCAAGGAUCGACUGUGGCUUGUAAUUCUGAGACUUCUACAAUGUCAGAAAGCAAAUUGGCUGACAGCAGCUCAGAUGACAAUAACGAAACAGUCAUACACAUAAAUGAAAAUGAACCUAUCGUAACGCACAACACAGAAAUGUUGUCCGAUGUACAGAUGGAAGAAAUGUCAUUCAUAAUGGAAUCUCCGGAGAAAAGUAGUACAUGCGAAUCUUUUCACAGUAUUGAAUUAGACAGCGUGCCCGAAGACAACAAGAGAAAAAUGGAGCCUGCUCAAGAAUACAACAGCGUUGAGAAAAAAAUGAAAGUUGAAGUCGAAGAACCUAAAACGCCCAUGUCAAUGCUGUUCAAAAUUAGAAAUAUGUUUAGAAGCAGUGAAAAGCCAAAAUGUAAUUUCAGCUCUCGAAAAGAAAACGAACCGUGCUUCGUAGACGGUAAACACGAUCUGACGCUGAGUACGAGUAAAAGUCACGACAAUAGCCAAUUUCUAAAACCUACUAUGAGUUUAAGAAAACCAGAAGUAAAUGUAAAAAGCAAAAUCCCUUGUAAAGUGGCGGAUAAAUCAACAAUGAAAAAUAUUGAUUUCAACGUGUCGGGAUUGUUGAACACGGAAUUUGUCAAACCCAAGACGGGCAUACCAAAACUUGCAGGUGGUCCGGUUUUGGUCGAUCUCUCUAAUUCUACCAAGAAACCCCAAGAGAGUAAAAUACCUUCCAAAUUUAAUAAGUAAUAAUAUAGUUUAUUUUAUUUACAACAUUAGACUUGACCUUGACUAUGUUUUAAAAUUUUAAAUUGGUUUUAUAGAUUUCAGUGAGUUUUUUUUUAUAAAUUUGUGCAAAAAGUUUAUUUGUUUAAAAAAAAAAAUUGAUCCCAAGUAUAUUGUGUGUGUGUGUGUAAUCAAUGCUGAAAAUCAUGUCUAAAAUUUAGAUUUAGUUGUACUUGUUUUUACUUUAUAUUUUUUUAUUAAUCGUAAAAUUGUAACUACAGAGUAUGAAUAAUGUAGAAUGUAAAAGAAAAUUUUAAACAGACAUUUUUUUUAAAUUUUAGAACUUAAAUUUUUUAAUAAAAACACCUUAUUAGUAACCAUAUGUUUAUGAUUUCCACCAAAUAAAAUUACAUAGAAAUGUUAUUAAAAAAUUAAAACGUGCACCAUCAACUGUCUGUCUGUUGUAUGAAAAUAAUUUGUAAUGUACAUUUUGAAUAGUUGACGCCUAGUCUUAUUAAAAUAAAAUAAUUGUCUUUUAUCUUGUUUAAUUUUUAAAAAUCAAAUUAUUAAUUUAGAUAUAUUAUAUUAUAUAGUGUUCAAAUGAUUUUCCAUGUA